GAGAGUUUAGGGUUGGGGAUUUAGAUAGAGAUUCUGGUCUUUCUGACCAGACAACAAAUCGACGCUAAAUACUGUUAACAUAACACGUACGAUUGUGGAGGAGAUUCUAGAUUACGUGAGAAAAGAAAUGGAAAAAAAAUUAAAUAAAUUGAAGUAUUCUUUCUAGGCAUGAGCUUUAAGUUUCGGAAAGUGACGACGAUUGGAUGUGUGGCUUAUAUUUAGUCCCCAUGUAGAAAUAUCUGAUCACUAUCAACCAAAUCGCCAUUACUAGUUUCUCGUUACUCGUACAUGCAAGAUGGAGUGGUGCUCCACCAGUCUGUCAUCGCCUUCGUCGUCCUCCCUUCUCAAUCUUCGGGGCUCUGCAUUAUCCAGAAGAAAGUUCUGCAAGAAAUUUUCACAUCCUUGUUUGUCAUCACCCACACUUCCUAAACCUUUUCUUCAAGUUCAUCAUAAAUCCCAGACCUUGAUUGAUCAACAAACUUCAGCCUAUCUCUCUUCCAGAGCAUAUAGAGCAACCAUAUUUGCUGAGACUGCAAAACAAGGUUGGGAUUUUGGAAGAUUCGUAAAAACAUUAUACUUUUUCAAUGGACCCCCUUCUCCUGCUAAGUUUUUUGACUUUCUAGUUGAGAAGCUAUCGGGUCCUUCCCCAAGUAAACCGGUUAAAUCUAUGGAGACUUCUGACAUUGUCCUGGUAGCUGGAGCUACUGGUGGUGUUGGUCGACGGGUGGUUGACAUAUUACGGAAAGGAAUUCCUGUUCGAGUGCUGGUUCGAAAUGAAGAGAAGGCGAGAAGGAUGUUAGGCUCAGACAUUGACUUGAUUGUUGGAGACAUUACAAAAGAGGGCACCUUGGUUCCUGAGUACUUCAAAGGAGUGAAGAAAGUAAUAAAUGCUGUCUCUGUCAUUGUUGGUCCCAAGGAAGGAGACACUCCAGAUAGAGCAAAAUACAGCCAAGGAAUUAAGUUCUUUGAGCCAGAGAUCAAAGGUGAUCCGCCAGAAAUGGUGGAGUAUGUGGGCAUGAAAAAUUUGAUAAAUGCUGUGAAGGAGAAUGCUGGACUUCAAAGGGGAAAACUAUUAUUUGGCUUUGAAGGCGAUAAUUAUAGGCAGCUAUCUUGGGGUGCUCUAGAUGAUGUUGUAAUGGGUGGAGUUAGUGAAAGCAAUUUUCAAAUUGACCCAAGUGGCAGUGAAGAUGGUGGACCAACUGGGGUUUUCAAAGGUGUUGUUUCAACAGAAAACAAUGGUGGCUUUACUAGUAUCAGAAACAAGAAUUUCUCAGAACCUGAGAACCUCUCUGCAUAUGAUGGUUUGGAGCUCCCUAAAGGUGAUGGCCGUAGAUAUAAACUCAUUGUUCGCACAAGCCGUGAUUGGGACACUGUUGGUUACACUGUAGGCUUUGACACUGUGAAAGGCGAAUGGCAAUCGAUACGCUUGCCAUUUUCUUCCCUCAGGCCUGUGUUUCGGGCAAGAACGGUCACAGAUGCUCCACCAUUUGAUGCAAGCAACAUCAUAUCAUUGCAGCUCAUGUUCAGCAAGUUUGAAUAUGAUGGUAAAUUAAAUCCAACAUUUAAGGAAGGUCCUUUUGAGCUUCCAGUGUCAAGUAUACGAGCAUAUAUGAAGGAUCCAGUAACACCUAGAUUUGUACAUGUGGGCUCAGCGGGAGUUACCAGACCUGAAAGGCCUGGACUUGAUCUGACUAAACAGCCUCCUGCUGUUCGAUUAAACGAGGAACUGGCCUUUAUCCUCACAUUUAAACUGAAGGGGGAGGAUUUAAUUAGAGAGAGUGGCAUACCCUAUGCAAUUGUGAGGCCUUGUGCAUUGACUGAGGAACCUGCUGGAGCUGAUCUGAUAUUUGACCAAGGAGAUAAUAUAACGGGCAAAAUAUCUAGGGAAGAGGUUGCUCGAAUAUGUGUUGCAGCCCUGGAAAGCCCUUUUGCAUGCAACAAAACGUUUGAGGUUAAAAGUACUGUUCCAUUUAGCGAGCCAUUCACAGUGGAUCCUGCAAAUCCCCCUCCAGAAAAGGACUACAACGAAUACUUCAAAAGUUUGAAAGAAGGCAUCACUGGGAAGGAAGCCCUCCAACAGCAAAAAACUAUUCCAGUUUAAUUUUCCUGCUUGGCAGUCCACUGUAUAUUGCAGAGGUGAAAUCAGUCAUUCAGUCUACUGAUUCAAAGCCGAUCAAGUUUGACAUAAAUUUUACCAUAGGACAAAUGUCUUCAUGUUCUUUUGUCCCAAACAUGUCUGCGUAUUUUCUGUUGUCUGUAAAGCAGACAAGAGCCAGAAAAAUUACACUUAAGACAUGCAUGGAAUCUAGUGCAUCUUUGGACUAUCUCAGGACAAACGUCAGUAUGGAUGUUGUUUCUUGGGAAUUUUGUCGGAUAAUUACGACAUUGAUUUUGUUUCUGUUUUCUCGAA